GGGGUGCGCAUGUCAAAAAUAAGCUGUCAUUCAAUUCAUUUUAUUUUGUGUUGGCUGAAACGCGACUUGAUUUGGUUUGUGAAAAAUACUCGGAUAAGGUGGCCGCGGGCAUGCCCCUCCAAAAAUUCAACCGAAAACCUGGAGAACGGUUAAGGAUUAUUCGUCAGUGAUUAUUUGCAAAAAGUUCGCCGUUUCUCAACGCAUAAAAAACAUAGAUUUAGAUUUUUCGACGAAUUUUCAUCUCAUUUCCAUCUAUUGUGUGUUGGUGUUUUUUAUUUACAAUUGGACGAUGUGGACAAGAUUAGACAAUAAAGUGUUCAGUGGUUAGUUCUAUUUUCGACUGCAUAUAGUGCUAAAUAUAUCGUGGUGUUCUUGUUUUGAUGAAUUACUCCCAACAGAAGGCGUCUAAAUUUUUUUAAUGGCGUCCAACAUAGUGAAGAAGCACCGUAUAAAAUCACCAACGCCGUCAACCAAGCAAUAGAGAAAUUUAAAAAAAUGCACUCCGUCAACCGCCGUCCACACCACACUAUAAACCACCUAAAAAUUAAAAAGAAACGCAACGAGCUUACCAACAUUAAACCGAACGUGUGUUCCAAAUUUAAAUAGAACCGUCAACGCAUUCUAGAAUUUUCGAUUAUUUUAAUUUUGAAAAAGGAAGCUUUAAAAAAUUUCUAAACGUAAAUUCCCAUUCGGAUAGUUGCCUUCUUAGUUAGUAGAUCUGUGAUUGGUCCAAUUUCUUGUAUAUUGUAUAAAUAACCAAGUAGUUUUAUGUCGUGAUUGGCUGAUUUUCGUUUGGAGAUCGAAUAAAGGUACCAUAAUAUGGAGAAUCCUGAAUCUGAAUCCACCUCCCCUUCAGAGGAGAGCAGCGCGUUGAAUAGAAAUAGGAGUUUCAAGUCAAAACAACUAGUCAGAAGCCAGGCGAUACGCGAGUCGCAGUCUCCCCCGCGGCCCGCGUCACCCGCCGUCGACGAUGCCGGUACCGAUACCGUUACCGGUACCGGUAACGGUGGUACCGGUAACACUGGUACCGGGAAUCCGGUUACGGACGUGGUGGAGGUGGAGGAGAAGAGGCGCCCGGUUGAAAUACACAUCACAGGCGGGGCAUGGGAGAGCGGGGAUCAGAAAUCUCGUCGCCGCUGGCCGCAGCAGUCGCGCGACUUGUUGUCGAACGGACCUCGUGUCGCUUGCGUCGCGGGCUGUCGCUCCCAGUGCAGUGCAGGUACUAUACGGGAGGGAGUGAGACGGAACAGUGAAUACACGGGGGGAGGGAGACAGAAGCAGUCUUGGGAGAGCGGGGAGCAGAAAUCUCGUCGCCGCUGGCCGCAGCAGUCGCGCGACUUGUUGUCGAACGGACCUCGUGUCGCUUGCGUCGCGGGCUGUCGCUCCCAGUGCAGGGGUCAGAGACGACGGAACCCUUGCCCAACCAAACAGGACUCCGGUAUAUCGUGUCCCGAUGACUGCACCGACUGCUCCGACUACGAGCAUACCGGAGGCUCGAGCAUCGAUAUCAGAAAAGCUUGCAGUUUGGAUUCGGACGAGUCAUAUUGCAGAUGUCCGGAGGGGAAAGUUAAACCACCAAAGACUAAUUCAUUAAGCAGAACUGAUUCAGCCGAUAAUAAAAUGGAGCCAACGGGCCCGGAACUAGUCAACUUCAUAAGAGAAACAUUGAACAAGAACACCCGAGACAGAAUGCUGCUGCUCAAGAUAGAAAAGGAACUACAUGCACUUGUCACCGACACCGGACGGUGCAAUUUCAAGUUCCCCUGCAUGACAUCGUACGAGCGUAUGUUGGUGCACCGGGUGGCCACUCUGUUCCAAUUGACACACCAUCUAGACCAGAACAGCAAGAAUUCUGUCACAGUCAGUAAAAGUGGCACGAGUGGCGGCAGGAUUCCGUGCACCAGCUUUAAACAGUGGUGUACUGUCAACUUUCCGCCUAGCCCUGUCCGCCAGGACAGCGUCCAUGCCAAUACACAAGAAGCACUAAAUCAGUCCGGUCCGGAAGGAUUGAUAUUUCUUCAAGAUGAUUUGCCGCUGGAUAUCCAAAAUGAAGAACUGAUAUCAUCACCAGCACCACCUCCAACCCAGCCUGUCUCUGUUGCCAUGACCCCUGGGCAUGAGAGCCCUAUCCUUCCAGUUCCGAAGCCAGCAGAUCCAGAGCCGUCGGUGAAGUCUAGUGCUCAACAGCCAGAUCCAGCGCCCACAAAUCCUGACCAUCUGACUGAGACGCGCCGAUCUCGACCGCGUCGUGGAGUUGUUUCGGCCCAAAGUAGGACGUGCGCCACAAAAAAAGAUGACUGUCUUCCAACGGCCCCUGCUGUAAGUAGCCCCGGGAUAUCGUCAGCUCCGUUGCCGCCGUUGCCGGCCGUUACUGAUCCGGUUCCACAGUCUCCCUGCGCCUCUGGCCUGCGUGCUGCGGGACCUCGCGUGGUCAGCCUGCACGUAUAUAACCUCAGCGAGGAAACCACCACGGAGGAUGUCGUGCGCCACGUCCAGACUAACAUGGGUAUCGCGGCACCAGUGUGCCAGAAACUGGUGGUCACUCGAGGAAACUACACUUCGUUCCGCCUAGAUGUGCCAGCUGACAAGGUGAAAGCCGCCAAAAAUGUUGCAAAUUGGCCGUCGGGGGUUGGAGUACGAUAUUUCAACGUCGUACAACCAAAAAACUCCAAUGCACAACGCGCAACCACGACAAAACGGUAA